AGACAAACACCAAUGAUGGCGAUGUUUCAGAAACGCAUGCCACUUAUUCCAUCAAAAUUGAGGGGAAACCAUACACUUUCCUGCUUGAAAAACAGUCAUUUUUACACCCACAUUUCCUGGUGUAUUUAUACAACGAAUCAGGAACAUUGUAUGCAGAUUCUUCAUUUUCAAAGGGUCAUUGCUUUUACCAAGGAUAUGCUGCAGACAUUCCAAAAUCAGUUGUGGCACUUACGCACCUGUUCUGGACUCAGAGGAUUACUGCAGUUAGAUAAUAUCAGUUAUGGUAUUGAACCAUUGGAAUCUUCACCUACAUAUGAGCAUGUAGUUUAUCGAAUUAAAAAUGAUGCUAUUGGUCAUUCCUCCUUUCAAGAAAAUUAUCCUGUGGCUCAAUAUAUAGAUCAGUCCUACAGGAUUCUUGUCAAAUCAGAUAUAAAUUCAGGUGCCAUGCUAUCGAAAAGAACUCUGAAAAUACAAAUCAUUAUGGAUAAAGCCAUGUCUCCAACCUUAGCGGUUUCCCUAGGGAUUCUGAUUAGUAUUCUUUACUUAUCAUCAUCUAGAAUUAAUGUUAUACCACUUCAUUAAUAAUGUAAGAGCCUCAGAGCAGUAAAAUUUCAUUUAACCCUGGGGAAUCCAGCUGCAAUGCCAUGAGGUGAACUAGUAGAGAAGCCCACAUGAGUGAUCUUGGAAACAGACUUUCUGAGGUCUGCCAACAGCCACAUGACUGAGCUGGAAAGCAUAUUCCCCAUUAGUCAAACCUUGAGAUAACUCCAGCCCUUGCUGACACCUUGAUUUUGACCUUUGUUGGAAAUCUAGAGUUUGAACCACCCACUGAAUUCCUCCUAGAUUCCUAACCUACAGAACUGCAUUGUUUUUAUCUGCUAAGUUUUGGUGUGAUCUGUUAUGUCACAAUAGAUAAAUAAUACAUCCUCAUAGGUAUUAUUGUUCUCCUGUACAUCAUUUCCAAUGCUUAUGUUAUCCUUUAAGAGUCCUGCUCAGAUGACUAUUCAGAAGACAAUUAAAGUGUUGUUACAUAGGAGAAAGAACACA